AUGGCGGAGCGACCCUCUAUGGUCCCGGGCCCACCCGAAAGCGUUGUUCGUUUUUUCCUGUGUUUUCUCCUCUCCCCCACUCCGAAGGCGUCCUGUGACCCCCGGGACCUCAAGAGCUGUAACCGCCCCUGUGUGUGGUCGAGGCUUUUGAAACCAAACUCCAGCCUAGAAACUGCAUACUUUACACAAAUAUUGAGAUUUUUGAGAGCCUGGUACUUUUUCGAAGUCAGCUUGUUUAGUUAUCACCAAAAAGCUCCUGCAAGAUGGGAGCGGUUAUACUCCAUUUACAGGAAAGGAACCAAGGCUCAGAGAAGAAAUUUGCUCCGUUCACCGUGUGCUCCUCCUCAGCCAUCCUGGCCUUGCUCAGUCAUCUGACAAGCUGACCUCUGUGUUUCCCCACUCCCUGGGGAACUCCUCCGCCUCUUGGCUUCCAAUGCUAUUGCUGCAUGCUGAAGACUUCCGCAUUGGUAACUCCAGUCUGACCGUGGGACGUAAAUGUUAUUGAACUUUAGACUUGUAUAUCGAACUGAUUACUCAAGAGCUGCAUUUGCAUGUGUAAUGGACAUCCCAAACCUAACAUACCCCCAGAAUGAAUUCCUGAUAUCUACCUAACCUGUUCUUGCAACAAUCUUCUUCCCGGGGAUGGAUGAAGAUCCCAUCUUCUUUCCAGUUGCUCAAGCCGAAAACCUUGAUGUCAUUGUUGUCUCUUCUUUUUUUCAUCCAAAACUAACCUGUGAUUUAUCCGCAAAUUCUGUUGGCUUCAUCCUUAAAAUAUAUUCAUUAUCGAGCCACUUUCAACACCUCCACUGUUAGAACCACCAAGCCACCUUCAUCCACCUUCUGGAUUAUUAUAUUGGCUUCCAGACUGGUUGCCCUACAGUCUAUUCACGGCCCCAGAGUAAUCCUCUUAAACCUAAGUCAGAUCAUGUCAUUCAUUUGUUCAAAACUUUCAAAGGCUUCCCAACUUAUUAGAGCAAAGUCAAGGGCCUCACAGUGGCACUCGAUGCCUGUUAUGAUCUGCCUCUUUAGUUCUUUAUUGUGUCUGCAGUGCUAAAAACAGUGCUCAGCAGGGCACAGGCACUCAGUAAAUAUUUGUUGAAUGAAUGAAUUUAUAAGAUGCCUUAUUGUUUACAAAGUGCUUUUACAUCUUGUCUUCUGGUUAUUCAUCUUCACCAUAGUCUCAUGAAGCACAGAUUAUCUGUCUUGCAAAUCAGUAAACUGAAGCAAGAGAGGCCGACCUGCCUGAAGUAAUACAGUGGGUUGUUGGUGGAGGCUAAACUAAGUCAUAGGUUCAUUCUCUUAAGUUGGGGCUUUCUGCUCUGUAGGGAGCUGUCUCUGCAUCUGGCAAAGCACAAAGCUGAAUGAGGUCUGGACAAAGAAGCUCCACUCGCAAUCUAGAGAGUAUCUGGACUAUUGCAGUGAUUAAAUGAGGUAAUGUAAGGCACUUAGCACAAUGCAUAACACAGAAGAAAUGAGAGUCAUUGCUGUUACUUUUAUUAUUAAAUUAUUGUUAAGUUGGUUGAUGCUGGUGGUUGGAGAGUUUGGGGGUAAAGGGCAAUGGCCAGAGAUCUAGAAAUGGUUUAGGAAAAGUGUCAGGAGCAAACAUGACCCAUUGGGACUGUCUGCUGUAUGUACACUAAAAUAAAAAGAUAAUUUUAAAAAA